UUACCAAAAUUGCCAGGGUUUGUAAACAGACCUUGAUAUGUAUAAUAAAGGUGAAACACCGAGUUACUGCCUCAUUUGGGAUUGGGAGUUGAGACGGUAAAGACGUUCUGUCUUUAGUAAACUUUUGUUUGUAAAAACUGUGUCUAUAAGAUCUCGUAGCUGAUACUUGUAACUUCUAUAAAAUAAUCGCCAAUUUUAUUUGAAUCUCCAUUUAAUGUCUAACAACAUUUCAAUAUGACGAUUCAAUCAAGAUAUCUCCCUUGACUAAUAAAUCAGGAGGCCUAUACACAGUGAUUACAUGGCACUGUCGCUCGAUCUCAUGAUUUUCGUAAAUAGAGAUGGCACCCAAUAUCUCGAGCAAAAAUUCUGAAAUACACGCGGAGAAAGAUUUUCAAAAAGAGGAAUUUUUAAUCAUCACGAAGAGGACGGAUAAUGAAAAUAAUAUACAAAAUCGAAACGCGACACAUAUAAAAUUCGAAGGAUUAUUUAAGUUCAAUACGAAGUUGAAGUGGUUGAAUGUCAUAUCCAUUAUUUUUCUUCAUAUGAGCAUGAUUUAUGCCUGUUUCACUUUUAAAUGGUCCGAAGAUCUCAGGACUAACAUUUGGAUGCUCGUCAUGUGUAUAAUACCAGCGAUCGGUGUUACUGCUGGUGCUCAUCGUCUUUGGACUCAUCAAGCUUAUAAAGCAAAAUGGCCACUCAGAAUUAUACUUUUCAUCUAUUUAGCUGCGGCUGGUCAGAAUAAUCUUUAUGACUGGGUGCGAGAUCAUAGGGUGCAUCAUAAAUACACGGACACAGACGCGGAUCCACAUAAUAGCAACAGAGGAUUUUUUUUCUCCCAUGUCGGUUGGUUGAUGAUGAAGAAACAUCCAGAUGUCAUUCAAAAAGGUCGUCAAAUCGAUAUGAGCGAUAUAUUAGCCGAUCCUAUCACCGCGUUUGGUUGCAAAUAUUUCUCGAUAUUUCAAUUCGUCUUUGCCUUUUUGCUACCGGUAAUAGUGCCUGUUUAUGGAUGGAAUGAAACUUGGUCCAGAGUCUUUACGUCACAGAUUAUACGUUACGUUUUAAGUUUAAAUUGCAUAUGGAGUGUUAACAGUGUGGCUCACAUCUGGGGUUCAAAGCCAUACGAUGCAUACAUAAAUCCGACAGAAAACAAAUUCGUCGCCUUUGUAGCGCUCGGUGAAGGCUGGCAUAAUUAUCAUCACGUGUUUCCGUGGGAUUACAAGACGGCCGAAUUAGGAAAUUACACGCUCAACAUGACCACGAUGUUCAUCGAUGCCUUCUCAAAAAUAGGCUGGGCGUAUGAUCUCAAACAACCUUCCAAAGAACUCUUAAGAACCGUCGUAAUGAAGAAAGCAGAUUAUCCAAUGACGAACGAUGAUUAAGCUGAACAUUAUUAUCAACAGAUUU